CUUCCCUCCCUUGCCUUCUCCUUCCCCUCCCUCCUGCCCUCCCGUCCCCCCGGGCAGGGCCGGGCGGGGCCAGUCAGAGGCUCCCUCCCCCGACGGGGCUCCUGCCGCUGUCUCUCGAUGGGACCGGAGCCGGGAAGCAGGAUGGACCACUAUCAUCCCACAAAUCCCGCCGCCCUCCCCAAGCACAUCCUGGACAUCUGGGUCAUUGUCUUGAUCAUCCUGGCCACCAUCCUCAUCAUGACAGCCCUGGUGCUCUGCCCAGCCACUGCUGUCAUCAUCUACCGGGUAUGGACACACCCCACGCGCAAUGGCAUCGUGUGAGGCUGUGGCAGAGGCACCGAGGGACAGCUGGCUUGCUGGGCAGGGGGGCACAGCCAUGGGACCCUGUGCUGGGGACCCCGCAGAGCCAGAUGGGGCACCCUGAGAGCUGGGGAGAGACAGGCAAGAGCCAGGGUGGGCCAGCACCCAGACACCUGCCCCUGUACCUGGAUCUCACUGCCUCCCGUUUACCCACCAAGCUCAUGGAGACCACCAUGGAGGUGGCAGCUGGGGCACCAUCAGGGAGAUGCGUGACUUUGUGGAUGUAUCCAGCUAGAAACCACCAGCUACCAUGAGAUGGGCAGGCUGGGCUUGCCUUAGCUGGCAGCGCUGUCUCCUCCCAGGCAAGCAGCAAGGAGUGGAAAUGCCUGGCAAAGUGAUUUCUCGUUUGGAGUCCCAGCUAUUGGGGUGGUUGGGAAAGAAGGAUCAAAGUGAGAUGGAUGUGGUUUCUGGUUGUGCAUUCAGAGACUUGGCUAGAAGUAUGAGUGAUAGAUCCUGUCCUGACUGCACAGCAGGUGUGCAGCUGGCACUGGUUUCUCCAGUAUCAGGUAUCUGCUGAAAUUGUAGGAAAAAUUCUGCGGGGCACUCGGUUCCUCUUGGUCUCGUGGGGCAAAGGAGUGGGCAGCUCCUGCCAGGCUGCCUGCCCACACACCAGCUGUGCUCACUGCUCCUGUCAAAGGUGAGGAUCCCCCACUACUUGUUCCAUUGUGGGGGUCUCUGUGCUCCUUACCCAGUCAGGCAGAGUGGGAGGGCCAGAGGGGUUUGUGCCCAGGCAGUGAAAGGGAUUGUGUAAGUUCUUACAGUGCCUCUUGCUACAGAAUAAAAGAACUUUGAUCUA